AUGGCUCCCAUUAAACGAAAGGCUCAGACCGAGGAGCGCGAUGUGAAGCGCUCCAAGGCUGACAGCUCCGCUCCGGCUAAGAAGAGACAACCUCCGGAGACCAAGGAACAAGGCGACAGAAACCCCGUCAAGGCCUCGAUUCUAUCACAAGAAGAGCGCGCUUUCCCCCGUGGUGGUGCCAGUGUCUUGACCCCUCUGGAACACAAGCAGAUCAAGAUUCAGGCCGAACGCGACGUCCUUUUCGAGCAAUCUGGUGCAAAGAAGCAAAAAUCAGACGCCUUCUCUGACGACGACGACGAUGAAGAUGCUGCUGCUGGCGCCGAGACCGGUGCUGCUCCCAAGAAGAAGAGAAAGACAAAGGCCGAUAAGAGAGCUGCUAAGGCCGCUGAGGACGACAAGCCCACCAUCAAGAUUCAUGGCCUGAGCUACAAGAACAUUGCUGUUGGCACUCUGGUACUCGGUCAGAUCACUGAAAUUACAUCGCGCGAUGUUGCUCUUGCCCUACCCAACAACCUCACAGGUUUCAUCCCAUUGACGGCAAUCUCGGAAAAGGUCAACCAGAAGAUUGAGGCUCUGCUGGCUCAGGCCGAUGAGGAUGUCAAAGACGAGAGCGAAGACGAAGAUGACGACGAUCUCGACCUCAAGUCACUAUUCCACGUGGGUCAAUGGCUCAGAGCAAUUGUCACCUCGACCGCCGACGAAACCGCCGUCAAUGGCCUGCGCAAAUCAAAGAAGAGAAUUGAACUCUCCGUCGACCCGAAACAAGUCAACGUCGGACUUGACACCUCAAAUCUCCCCGUCCACGGAACUCUCCAAGCCUCGGUCCGCAGUGUAGAAGAUCACGGUCUGGUCAUGGAUCUGGGUCUGGAAGAUGACUCUGUCAGAGGUUUCGUGUCCAAGAAAGAGCUAGGAAAGGUUUUCGAAAUCUCGAAGGUCCACGAGGGCCAGGUUAUGCUUUGCGUUGUUACUGGAAAGGCUUCGGACAACAAGGUUAUCAAGCUAGCUCCUGAUUUCACAAAGAUGGGCGACAUCAACAAGCACUGUCUAUCAGAUGCUCCCACGAUCGAUGCUUUCCUACCUGGUACCGCCGUCGAGGUCCUUAUCACCGAAUCCAGCCGUGGAGGUAUUGCAACAAAGGUCAUGGGCAUGCUCGACGCAACAGCAGAUGUCAUUCACUCAGGCGCUGGUGCUCGCGUAGACGACGUCUCGAAGAAGUACAAGAUCGGCUCCAAGGUCAAGGCUCGUGUCAUCUGCACUUUCCACACAAGCGAGACCAAGAAGAUUGGUAUCUCUUUCCUCGACCACGCCGACAAGAUUGGUCCCUCAUCAAUAGUCGAAGAUGCCCAGGUCGUGCAUGUCGAGCCCGCAAUGGGUCUUUUCCUCAAGCUCACUGGCUCUUCAAACCCUGGUUUUGCUCACAUUUCUAGAAUCUCUGAAAAGAAGAUCGACACACUUUCCGAGACCAUCGGCCAAUACAAGCUCGAAUCUACUCACCGCGCCAGAGUCCUUGGUUUCAACCCUGUCGAUGCUGUCUACAAUGUUUCUCUUGAGCAGAAGAUUCUGGAUCAGCCUUUCUUGCGCAUCGAAGAUGUCGAGGUUGGCCAAGUCGUCAAGGCGACUGUCAACAAGAUCAUUCUUGGAGCUAAGGGUGUUACUGGUGUCCUGGUCCAGCUUGCCGAUGGCAUCGACGGUUUGGUCCCCGAGUCGCACAUGGCCGACGUGAAAUUGCAACAUUCUGAGAAGAAGUUCAGAGAAGGUUUCCCUGUUACUGCUCGUGUUCUUACCGUCGACCCCGAGAAGAACCAGAUCCGCUUGACACUCAAGAAGACUCUCGUAAACGCUGAGGCAAAGAUCUGGAAGUCAUACGAGGACAUCAACGUUGGGGAUGAAGCACCUGGUACUAUCAUUAACAUCAAGCCCAACGGUGCUGUUGUUCAGUUCUACGGCAAGGUUAGAGCAUGGCUCCCAGUCGCUGAGAUGAGCGAGGCAUACAUCUCGGACCCUUCACAACACUUCAGACAAGGUCAAACUGUCAUGGUUCACGCUAUCUCUGUUGACGCUGAGAACAACGAGCUCAAGGUUUCCUGCAAGGAUGCUUCCGCUUUCGGUAAAGAUGAAGAAUCCGCCUGGAAUGACCUGAAGGAGGGCCAAUUGAUCAAUGCGUCUGUUACCGAAGUCACUGGUGAGAGCGUCAUGCUCGACUUGAAAGGCUCAAAUCUCAAGGGUACUCUCCGCCUGACUCAUCUUACCGAUGGAUCCGAGGCAAAGAACAAAUCUACUCUGAAGCAGAUCAGAGUUGGUCAGAAGCUGAACGAGCUCGUUGUCUUGGAGAAGCUUGACAGAAGACACUUGGUCAUCCUGAGUAACAAGCCUAGCUUGGUCAGGGCCGCUAACGCCAAGACUCUGGUUAGUGAUUUCAAGAGCCUGUCACAAGGCAAGGAGCUCAGUGGUUUCGUACGCAACAUUACACCCGAUGGUGUAUUCGUUGAGUUCGCCGCUGGUCUUGUCGGUUUCAUGCCCAAGACUCAGAUAACACAAGAGAAGCUUGCAUUGCCUGCAUUUGGCCUGCGCAAAGACCAGUCAAUCUCGGCCAGAGUGUUGUCUGUCAACAAUGACUCUAAGCGCUUUGUCCUCACCAUUCUCCCCGAGGAGAAGAAGGAGGAGAAGCCUCAAACCGCUGCACCUACUACCGUUACCAACCCUGUGGACGGAGUGUCAACUUCGCUCACUGAUUUCACACUUGGCAAGGAGACACAGGCUCGCAUUGUUUCCAUCAAGGACACUCAGCUUAACGUUCUACUUGCCGACAACAUCCAAGGUCGUAUUGAUGUCUCUGAGGUUUUCAACAGCUGGGAAGAUAUCAAGGACAGAAAGAAGCCUCUGCAGAAGUUCAAGGCCAAGCAGGUUAUCCCCGUCAAGGUUCUUGGUAUCCACGACGCCCGCAACCACCGCUUCCUGCCAAUCACUCACCGCCAUUCUCGUGUCCCCGUUCUCGAGCUUACUGCCAAGACCAACACUACUCUCAAGUCCGAGUCUGACAUUUUGACUCUUGAUCAGGUCAAGGUUGACUCUACCUGGAUCGCCUACGUCAACAACAUCGGUGACAAGUGCUUGUGGGCAAACUUGUCUCCCAACGUCCGUGGUCGCAUUGAUCUGCUCGAUGUCUCGGAUGACGUCUCACUCCUCCAAGACAUUCCCAAGAACUUCCCUGUCGGUUCUGCCAUCCGCGUGAAGGUCAAGAGUGUUGACGCUGCUGCCAAUCGUCUGGAUCUCGUUGGCGCCUCUGCUGCUUCGUCAGCUCCCGUCACUCUCAAGACUCUCACCGAUGGUCAAAUCCUUGCUGGAAAGGUCACCAAGGUCAGCGAGCGCAAUGUCAUUGUCCAGCUGAGCGACUCUGUUUCUGGUAUUGUCACCUUGACCGAGUUGUCUGAUGACUUCACCGAGGCCAACCCUACCACACACAGCAGAGGCGACAUCGUCCGUGUUUGCGUUUCCGCCGUCGACCUUCCCAACAAGCGUGUCUACCUCAGCAUGCGUCCUUCUAAGGUUCUCAGCUCCGCACUGCUCGUCGAGGAUCGUCAGAUCACCUCGAUCCCUCAAUUGGCUGUCAAUGAUGUCGUUCGCGGUUUCGUCAAGGCUGUCACCGAGAAGGGUGUCAUUGUCAACCUCGGCCCCCGUGUCGAUGCUUUCGUCCGUAUCUCUGAUCUGUCUGACCAGUUUGUGAAGGACUGGAAGUCAGCAGUCGAGAUUGACCAGCUCGUCAAGGGUAAGAUUCUGCAGGUCGAUGCCAACCUCAACCACGUCCAGAUGAGCUUGAAGCAGUCUCACGUUGACAAGGAUUAUGUUCCUGCCAACUCGUUUGCUGAUCUCAAGGUUGGUCAGUUCGUCACUGGUAAGGUGAGAAAGGUUGAGGACUUUGGCGUCUUCAUUGAUGUUGACAACACUAUUCCUCGUGUCAGUGGUCUGUGCCACAAGAGUCAGAUCGCCGACUCUGCCGUUGAGGAUGUCAAGAAGCUCUAUGAUGCUGGUGAUCUUGUCAAGGCUAAGGUCUUGCACAUCGACACUGAAAAGCGCCGCAUCAGUUUCGGUUUAAAGGCAUCGUACUUCAAGGACCUUGAUGGUGAUGAAGAGAUGGAAGACGAGGAUGAGGAUGACGAAUCUGACGGCGAGGGCGUUGCUCUUGACGAUGAUGCCUCCGAGUCUGACGAUGGUGUUGACAUCGACAUGUCUAACGUUCAAGACAUGGAAAGCGACGAGGAAGCUGCAUCCGACGAAGAGAUGAGCGAAGAUGAUGCACCCACCAACCGCAAGUCUAUUCUUGGUGGUCUCACUACCUCCGGCUUUGACUGGAGUGGUGCUUCUGCCCUUGACAACGACGGCGCUAUGUCAGAUGCCGAAGAAGCCUCCGCACCGCUCAAGAAACGUAAGCGCAAGGCUGCUAUUCAAGUCGACCAGACUGGCGACCUUGACGCCAAUGGCCCUCAGUCCGUUGCCGACUUCGAACGUAUGUUGCUCACAUCUCCCUCCGACUCGUCGCUCUGGAUCCAAUAUAUGGCCUUCCAGCUCGGCCUGUCCGAAGUCCAAAAAGCCCGCGACAUCGGUCAACGCGCCCUCCGUACCAUCCACCUUCGCGAGCAAGACGAGAAGCAAAACGUCUGGGUUGCCCUGCUGAACUUGGAAGUCGCCUACGGCGAUGCCGACUCCGUAGACGCCACCUUCAAGGAAGCCUGCAAGGUGCAAGACAGCUUCACCAUGCACGAAAAGCUCGCCGCCAUCUACACCUCGUCUGGCGACUUCCGCGCCGCCGAAAAGAUCUUCGAGGCCAUGGCAUCCACAAAGUCCUUCCGUCCCAACCCUAACCUCUGGCUCAACUACGCAACCUUCCUGUUCGAAAAACGCGAUGCUGCUUCCCAAGCUCGCGCACUUCUUCCUCGCGCUUUGCAGUCUGUGCCUUCCCACGAGCACCGCAACCUCACUGCCAAAUUCGCAGCUCUCGAGUUCCGCACGAGUACCGGCGAGCCCGAGCGCGCACGCACAAUCUUCGAGUCUAUGCUCACGCAAUGGACGAAAUGGACUCAAGGCUGGGAUAUGUGGUGCGAUCUUGAACGCAGCCUCGCCAAGCAAACUGGCAAGUCUGAAGACGUGGAACGUGUCCGUGAUUUGUUUGAGCGCAUGGCAAACGGCAAGAUGAAGAAGCGUCGUGCUAGAUUUGUGUUCAAGCGCUGGUUGGAGUUUGAAGAGGAGCAGGGAGAUGCUAAGCAUGUUGAAGCUGUCAAGGCUAGAGCCAAGGCUUUCGUCGAGAAGAUGCAGAGUGGUGAGGAUGAGGAGAUGGAGGAGUAG